AAAUAAUUAGUUUUUGGUUUAUUAAAUACAGUUACAUAUUACAAUUAUACAUUUAUGUUAUUUAAACUAUAAAUGUCACAAAAUUAUGUUUUUUUUCUCCAAGUAACACACCCGAGUUAUGCUCAUAGUUUUGGUGAAUUUUGACACUCCAAGUUCAAAAGGUUGCCCAUCACUGAGUCUAGAGGAAAGUUAACAAAUUUUAAGGAAUCAACAAAAACAAUAAAGUACAGUAGAAUGCAAAUUUCUUGGAAGCAGAAGUUUUUUAUUUUUGUUAGUAUUAUAAAUACCUAGACCAGCACUUUGCCCAUAUGUAUUCCAUUGUUUUUCCAAUAAACAGAAUAAAUAAACAAAAGGUACUUCCUAAUUACUGAAGUAAACUGAAUAAACCAAAAUAAAAAGUAUUGGUAAUUUAAAAUUUAUGCAAUCCACAGCUUAGUUUGUUUUUCUUAAUGAAGGACUAAUUUUAACAAUACACAAUUGCUAUUUGUUUCCAAAGGCUUUUCUGAACUUAUCUUCUGUGUGUUUUUUCUGUAUUUUGUCUCUUUUGCUGUUAUUGCAAAUGUAGUUGUAAUUAGCACAUAUGUGUUCACUUUUACUCCACUGGGAGAUCAGAGAGGUAAAUUAUUGAAAGUGUGACCUUUUUUUGGAAUAAACUUUGAAAGAAUCAACAAAAAUAGACAUUCAGAUAAGCAAAAACCAGAUUGAAAGCCUCUUUGGGGCAGGAACUGUUUUUCCUGGUACUUUGCACUAUGGGUCCUUAAUAAGUGAACUGAAUAAACAAGAAAAAAAAUUGCACUCAAAGCACACCAUAAACUUCUACAAUUUACAGUCUUUUUUUUUUCUAUGUAUAUAGUAAUUUUUAAAAAGAUAGUAGCAAAAAUGCCCUAUCAAUUUUCAUGUGCCAUUCUGACCUUUUUUUUCCUUUGCAUUUCGUUCCUGUUAUCACGGCUGAUGCUACUGUUAAUACCUGUGUGGGCCAGUAACACAUUGCUGCUCUUACUGAGUCCUUUACUCUGACAUCACCUCAUUUAUCUUUCAAAAGUGAUUUGUAUUCUUCAGACUUGUGGUAUUUUUUCUGAACAUAACACUUCAUUUCAUUCAUGUUACACAAGUUGUUCAGCCAUUUACAGUUAUGGCUCAUUUGUACUGUUUCUGCUAUUAUACACGUCUGUGAUAUAUAUCAUUGAGAUAUGAUACUGGUAGGAAUUUUUUUGUACAGAUAGGUCUUUUUUCUAAUAAAUGAUAAUGAUAGUCAAUAACUAGCAUUUAUGUAGUUCUCUAAAGUUUGUGAAAUGCUUACAAAUAUUCUUAUUUGAUCUUUACAAACAAUCCUGGGAAGUAGAUACUACUAUUUAUCUUCAUUUUGUGAAUGGGGAAAUUGAAAAAGACAGAGAUUAAGUCUAGACCUGGAAUCAGGAAGACCUGAGCUCAAAUAUGAUAUCAGAGACGUAAUAGCAGUGUGACCCUGGGUAAGUCACUUAACCCCAACGCCUAGCCUCUACUGCCAUUCUCCUUUGGGUAGGGUUUUUUUUUUUAAAUCAAUAGCAACAAAAGUCAAAGAGUUCUGUUGAAACUCAAACUAUAAGCCAAUGUUUAUUAAAACAAUCUGGUGGGGGAAGAGGGGUUGCUCAGUGGUUUGAGAGCCAGACCUAGAGACGGGGGAUCCUAGGUUCAAAUCUGGCCUCAGAUACUUCCCAGCUGUGUGACCCUGGGCAAGUCACUUAACCCCCAUUGCUUAACCCUUACCACUCCUCUGCCUUGGAACCAAUACAUAGUAUUGAUUCUAAGAUGGAAGGUAAGGGUUUAAAAACAAACAAACAAAAAACAAUCUGGUAUUGUUUUAAACUUUUUAAAAAGUAGAUGAAUGAAAAAAAUAGACUAGACAAGGUAGAAGAAACAAUGGAACUCAAUAUCCCAGUGUUUAAUAAACCUGAAAACUUAAAUUACUUUUAUAAGAACUUUUAAUUUGUUAAUUUGCUGGUAAAACAUAGAAAGCAGUCUGGAAGAAAUUAGGUUUAGACUAAUAUGCCAUAUAAGAGUCCAUUCUAAAUGGAAGUGUUCUUAAUAUUAAAGAUGAUACUAUAUAAAUUUUUAGGAGAGAAGCAGAUAAUAUGCCUCUCACAGAUAUGAGUAGUUAACAUAUUUUUAAUCAAACAAGAUAGAGAUAAUAACAAAAGAUAAAAUGGAUAAUUUUGAUCACAUGAAGCUGAAAAGCUACUAUAUAGAGUUAAUGCAGCUAGGACAAGAGAAAUAGUCAAAUGGGAAAAAUCUUUGUAUUGAAUGCUUUUGAUAAGUGUUUGGCUUCCCAGAGAUAGAAACAGAAAGAAAGACAUGACCAAAAAAGUCAAUCAUUGAUAGAUAUAAACAAAUAUAUUCAACUACAAAUCCUUAUAAUCCUCUCUAACAAAUAUGAUUGGUCACCCAAUAAAUAUUUACUAAAGAGCCCAUUGUGUGCCAGGUAUUGGGCUAAGCACUGGAGCUUAUUCAUAUAUUUAGGAAACUUCUUUAAACGUACUCUGAACUUCAAUUCAAUAAAUAUUUAUUACGUAACCUAUUAUGUGCCAGGUAUAGUGCUAAAGAACAAAUACAAAUAAGAAAAACAGCUCAUUAAGUCCAGUAGCUUACAAUAUGAGGGAAGACAACAAAUAAAAAAAAGUUGAAAGGGGAGUGCAGCAGUUGCAGGCACACUGUUUGGUGGAAUGGCAACUAAGCAAAUGGUAAUGGAAAACAGUUCAUUCUGAGCCCAGUAUAAGGAAAGACACUGGGAGGAGUUUAUAGUGUCACCCUUUAGCCCUCCAAUCCGUGGGGAGGGGGAGGGAGCUGGGAGAAUUGAGAAGGUCCCGAGUUUCAAAAACUGCAUCUUCUGUAAUUACAUUAGUUGGGUUAGGGUAGAAUCUCCUCUUCCUUCUUUAAACAUACAGGGAUGGAUAGACUGACUCUGACUCUCACUCUCUCUCACUCUCUCUCUCUGUUAUAUUCACUUGUCAACAAAAUUUUAAAUUGCAAUGUACAGAUAUCACUUAAUAUAAAAAUCACACUAUAUUUUCCUUUGGGGUUUUAUUUAUACAAAAAAAAAGCAACAAAAGCUAAGGAAAUUCUUACUCUACUGUAAUUAGCUACAUUAACAAGAUAUAGUAAAAAAAAGCAGUUAAGAAACACUUUCUUUUAAGACAUAAAAGGUAUAAAAUAAUUAACUGCAGCUAUUAAGACAACUGCACAACAGAAUGUACAUGCAAGUGAUUGUAGGAAAGAAGUAUCUAUUAGAAAAAGAUACACGGUUCUGAUAUUUCUAAGAUAUGCAUUGUUAUAUAUUUCUUUUGUUCAGCAAACUACUGCAGUCCUGUAAUUAUCUCGAAAAUGUGUAUGAAUAUAUCAUAUAAAUACUAGCAUGUAAAUAGUACACACAUAAACAAAACACUAUACAGUCUAAACAAAGGGCAUAAAAAUGCACGAAUAUACAGACAUACUUCUACAAAAAGCAAUUCUCCUAAAUCUUAAUGCCUUCCAACAUUACUCUCAAUUUAUCCUGUCUAUACCUUGUUUGUAUGUCGUUUUCUGCAUAUUUCUUCCAUUAAGUAAUCUCCCGGAAAGCAAAAAGUCUUUUUCCUUCUUUGUACUCCCAGUGCUUUGAAUAGUACAUAUCACAGGGAAUGUGUUGAAUAAAUACAUACUGGCUGAUUGAUUGAAGCACAUAACAUACCCCCAAAUCCUAUAGGGUCUGAAGUUGGAACUCAGUCCACCAAUCGGAGGAACAUUUGCAGGACUCUGGAACAUGCAUAAUCUCUUCUUAACCAAAAAGUCGAAGAGCCCAAGAAGCAGCCCGGAACUACCAUUCCCAGGUGGCUCCGAGAUGUUCUUUAUUUAUACAACAAUCUACUAGAAGGAGGUGCUCUCUGAAUUCGCUUUUCAGCCCGCCAGGGGACGCCAUGCCAUCUACCCGUUACAACUGAAUGUGGCAUUUAAGAAGCGCCCACUCCUCAUCCCCGCCCCUUGACGCACGCAGCUCGCACGUUCCGCUCCGCCGGACUACUCUGUAAAUAGGUGCGGUCCGACACUCCACCGACCACUGCCACCAAAGCGGACGCAUAGACGCAUGCGCAGACACGUACACCACGACACCCCGCCCCACCCCGCAAUUACGCAUGCUCGAUUACAGUCAGUUUGUACUGCGGCCAACACCUGCGUACACAUCCCAGUCCCUGGGGCAGUUCCGGUUCCGGGUGGCGACGCAAGUAGCUGUCCACCAUGCGACUCUCAGUUGUCGCGGCCAUCUCACACGGGCGAGUGUAUCGCCGCCUAGGUCUGGGCCCUGAAUCCCGCAUCCAUCUACUACGCAACCUGCUGACGGGCCUAGUGCGCCAUGAGCGUAUUGAGGCUACCUGGGCCCGUGUUGACGAGAUGCGCGGCUAUGCCGAAAGGCUCAUUGACUACGGAAAGCUGGGAGACACCAACGAGAAGGCGAUGCGGAUGGCUGACUUCUGGCUAACGGAAAAGGACUUGAUCCCAAAAUUGUUCCAGACACUGGCCCCUCGCUUCAGCAACCAAAAUGGGGGCUACACAAGGAUGUUUCAGAUCCCGAACCGUGAAGGUGUGGACCGGGCCAAGAUGGCAGUGAUUGAAUACAGGGGGAACCCCCUCCCUCCACUGAUGGUGCCACAUCGGGACAACAAUCGUACACUCCUCAAUCAAUUAAUUUUGGGCCUUCAAAAGGAUCUGGAACAGAGACCCCCAAGAUCUACUGCAUAAAGGCCAUGAGAAUGUAGUUCAAAGCAACACAGCCCAGAAGACUGAGUUCUUGUUGGGUAUUCUGGCCUGGUACUUUAUGAGGGCAGACAACUUAUAUUGCCUUCCUCUCUCUGGAUUUCCUGGAACUUCACAGUUAUUGUCUUCCCUUGUUACUAGGAAAUCUCAGUCCACACUAUGUGAGCACAGGAAUAGAGCAAGAGAUAAAUGUGUAUUUGUGGGGCAAGCCAGUGCCCUUGGAGCCAUCAUUUUCUGGGCCUUGAGGAAGGAAGGAAAAAAACAGGCUGAUAGGCUUCACUUUGUACAAUAGAUGGUUUCUAUUCAGUUGUGUGUAAUUUGAGUACUGUUUUUAUCCAUUUCUCUCCCUGGCCUCUAGGGUGAGACUAUUCUCUCUAGAAGGCCUGGCUCUAGACAGAACUCUACUGAGUCUCUUCCCUAAGCCAGAAGCUCCAGAAGACAUUAUAGCUGUCCUUCUGUAUCCAAGGCAGGGGCAUUCACAACUUCUACCCCAACCAUCUAUAGUAGCCUUGAGUAGGCUAAGUAUAUUCUCUGUACCCUCUUUUCUCCCCAACUUAUAUACUUUAGCUUUGGAUUAUUGUUAAACCCUAAGUCUUUGAAGGCUUUGCAGGAUUGGGAUGAAGAAGAUGCAUACAGUGUUGAGGAGGACCAUCCCAAUGUCCCGUAACAUACACAUAGGCUAACCUAUGUAAGUAGAUGUGAUGAGGGGGAAUCCCAAAACCAGCUUCAGUAAGGUCAGCCUAGGGUGGGAAUCAGGAUGUAGAUCCUGCUGAGAAUUUCCUGGAAAUAUUUCCCAUGUACUGACUCUCAGUCUACUUUCUGGGGAGGGAGGAAAUCCGGUGCUGCAGAGCAAUGAGAUUCAUUCAUAUGGGUAGCCUUGCUUUAGGUGCCACAGAACUAAAGGAAAUCCGAAGUCAACACCCUUUUCUCUGUCCCUAAAUAUAUGCCCCACAACUAUCACAAGAUUAGCACACAUAUAAGAUUUAAAUAUACACAAGGAAUUACCUUUUGGAAACUAAGUAGGAGUCAACAGGUAUAGAAUCCCCAGACUAUGGUUACUCCCUGGGGAGAUAGGAAGAACUAAAUUCUCUAUCCUGGUUAUUUUGGAAUAAUGGGAAAUAACAGUCUUGGGUACUUUUAGAAAUAAUAUUUUAAGGGAAUCCUGAUCUCAUUCUGCAGUAAAAUGAUAAGGAAAUAUUGACUCUAGCUAUUCAUUUGGAUGGCAUUUCAAAAUGUGGUAACCCUCAGGGAGAAUUUGUGAAGUCUUGGCUUGGAUCUCAAGAAAAGAGAUUGGGAUGCUGGUCAGUUCUGAACUUUUGUCACUUGCUGAUAUAGUAAUGAAAAACUAGCAAUAGGUUUUUAUCUGUGAGACAAUGUUGAGGCCAUUUAGGGACACUGGUGGGGAAUCUAGAUCUACCCAUUUCUGGGUAUAGUUAAAAAUUCUAGCCCUGGUUACCUUAUGACAAAAUAAUGGGGAACCUUUUCUUUGGUCUUAGUGAUGUAAACUUGCCCUGGUCAUUUUUGCAUAUGAUGAUGGGGAAUCCAGGCCUUCAUUAUUCUGGGAAAGUUAAAAUCCUCAUCCUUAAUAAAUGUUGAUUAAUCGA